UCUCCCGCGACUCCAAAAAACCAACCCAAAAAUCGGCCAUCAGUUCGAAAAUGAUACUUGAAAACUGAAUUCAAUGGAGGCAACAACAAAACUUACUAAAGCUCUCCUCAACAACACCCACACUCCAAAAAUAGCAUGGCAGCUUUUCAAGCGCAUUCUAUCACUACCCAUCUCAUCAACUCACCGCUCUCAAUCAAUACCCAUCAUCUCCCGCAUCCUCAUUCGCGCCAAUAUGCUCAACGAGCUCGACCAUCUUCACCAACUUUUACUCAAUUCGCCCUCAGUUCUUGAACCUUCCGACUCUUCCCUCGAAAAACUGGUCGCCACCUUGGCGAAAUCGGGGUUUUUCGAGAAGGCCAUUGCGCAGUUCAAGUCAUUGCGCUCGAAUUUCCCGGAAAAACAACCUUCUAUAUAUUUGUAUAAUGUGCUCUUGAAAUCUUGUGUUGUUGUGAGUCGUUUAGAUUCUGUUUCUUGGUUGUAUAAAGAUAUGGUUGUGGCUGGAGUAUCUCCCGAGACUUAUACUUUUAAUAUUUUGAUAGGUUUGCUCUGUGAUUCCGGUCGUUUGGACGAUGCACGCGAGGUGUUCGAUAAAAUGUCUGAGAAAGGGUGUAAGCCGAAUGAGUUCACUUUCGGGAUUUUGGUUCGUGGGUAUUGUAGAGGUGGGCUUGCUGAUAAAGGGUUGGAGUUUUUGAAUCAAAUGAGGAGUUUGGGAUUUUCGCCAAACCGGGUUGUGUAUAAUACUUUGAUUUCGAGUUUUUGUAAGGAAGGUAAGACUCAUGAUGCUGAGAAAUUGGUGGAUAAGUUGAGAGAGGAUGGUCUGUUUCCUGAUGUGGUGACUUUUAAUUCUAGGAUAUCAGCUCUUUGUAACUCUGGGAAGAUUCUUGAAGCGUCGAGAAUCUUUAGGGAUAUGCAAAUUGAUGAGGAGUUGGGGUUGCCGCGGCCUAAUACUAUAACGUAUAAUUUAAUGCUUAUGGGGUUCUGCAAAGAAGGAAUGUUGGAGGAAGCCAAGACUCUGGUUGAUACUAUGAAAAGAAAUGGUGAUUUUAUGAAUUUGGAGAGUAAUAAUAUCUGGUUGUUAGGUUUGGUUAGAAAUGGGAAGUUCUUGGAGGCUCAGUUAGUUCUUAAAGAAAUGCUCGAUAUUGGGAUAGAGCCUGAUAUAUACUCGUAUAAUAUUGUUAUAGAUGGGUUAUGCAAGAAGGGGAUGCUCUCUGGUGCGAGAAUGCUGAUGGGUUUGAUGAUUCGAAGUGGUGUUUCGCCAGAUACGGUUACUUAUAGCACUUUGCUUUAUGGUUACUGCAAUAAAGGGAAGGUAUUUCAAGCUAAUAAUCUGCUGCAUGAAAUGACUAGAAAUAAUUGUUUUCCGAAUACUUAUACUUGCAAUAUUUUGCUGCACAGUUUGUGGAAGGAGGGCAGGAUAUCAGAAGCAGAGGAUUUGCUAAAACGGAUGAAUGAGAAAGGUUAUGGUAUGGAUACUGUGACCUGUAAUAUUGUAAUUAAUGGUUUAUGUAAUAAUGGACAAUUGGAUAAGGCAAUUGAAAUUGUCAGCGGCAUGUGGACUCAUGGAAGUGCUGCUCUUGGUAAUUUGGGAAACUCAUUCGUUGGCCUGGUUGAUAACACUAAUAGUGGGAAGAAAUGCCUUCCUGAUUUGGUUUCGUAUUCCACCAUAAUCAGUGGUUUAUGCAAGGCUGGGAGGCUGGAUGAUGCGAAAAAGAAGUUCGUUGAAAUGAUGGGGAGAAACUUGCAGCCUGAUUCAGCUAUUUAUGAUACUUUUAUACAUAGCUUCUGCAAAGAGGGAAAGAUAUCAUCUGCAUUUCGAGUGCUGAAGGACAUGGAGAAAAAAGGUUGCAACAAGACACUACAUACUUAUAACUCAUUGAUCCUUGGCUUUGGGAGUAAAAAUCAAAUAUUUGAAAUAUAUGGACUGAUUGAUGAAAUGAGAGAGAAAGGGAUUUCACCUAAUGUCUGUACAUAUAACUACAUACUUAACUGUCUCUGCGAAGGAGGAAAAGUAAAAGAAGCCCCUUCUGUUUUAGAUGAGAUGCUGCAAAAAGGUAUUUCACCAAAUAUUUCAUCCUUUAGAAUAUUAAUUAAAGCCUUCUGCAAGGCUUCUGAUUUUGAAGCAUCGCAUGAGGUAUUCGAGAUCGCCUUGAAUAUGUGUGGCCACACUGAAGCCCUUUAUAGUUUAAUGUUCAAUGAGUUACUGGUUGGAGGGAAAGUUGCUGAAGCGAAAGAGCUAUUUGAAGCUGCCAUAGAUAGAUCUUUUGAUGUAGGGAACUUUCUGUACAAAGAUUUAAUUGAGAGUCUCUGUAAGGAUAAGAAGUUGGAAGCGGCCCGUGAUAUUUUACAUAAGCUGAUUGAUAAAGGAUAUCAGUUUGAUCCUGCAUCAUUCAUGCCGGUAAUUGAUGGAUUUGGUGAAAUGGGUAAUAAGCAUGAGGCUGAUGAGCUUGCAGAGAGGAUGAUGGACAUGGCUUCAGUGAAUAAGAAGGAAAAUGAGGUGUUCCCUAGAAAGAAAAACAAGGAUAGUAGAAGUGAUUGGCAGGCCAUAGUGCACAGAGACGACGGCAGUGGAAUUGCACUGAAAGCUCUUAGGCGGGUACAGAAAGGCUGGGGUCAGGGAAGUAUAACAAAUUUGCAGCCUCAAAAGGAUGAAUUCCUCGACCAUUGGGAUGGGAGUAUUUAAAAGUUUUGCUCUUUGGCCCAAUACUAAUACAUGGUUGGCUAAACCUGAAGAAUUUCUUUGAUCUAGAUGAUUGUUGAUUGAAUGACCCAGAUAAGGCUCUCUCAGAAUGGAUGAUCCUGCUCAUUACUACGUUUGCUGUGGUAACUGUUUAUUCUGUUUCAUUUUGAGAGCCUGCAAGUAUGAUGAUAAGUGAAGAUCUCGCUUAAUAAUCCACCAGCAAUUCUCCUCUUAAAAAAAAAGAGAUGCACACAACCUAACUUAAUGCACUUUGAAGGAUUACUUCUUGAUUCUUCCCUCAUGUGUGCUAAUAUGGGCUUGACAAGGAUUCAGCUAUAUAGCACAGAAUUGUUUUUGCAGGAAUAGUCAAAAUAGGAAACGGAGUAAACCACAUUUUCUCCAAGAAUAAAUUAUAAACAGAGUUCCGGAGUUUUAGAAGUGGCUAAUAGAAACAGAAACGAAACACUAAAUCCUUGGAGUCGAGAAGUUUUUGCGCAACAUAUGGUUCUACACUUGUAAGCUCGCUCAUUUUAUGCAUCUGAUUUAUGUGAAGCAUUAUGUAUUAUGACAUCUGAUCUAAUUACCAUGUCAAGAAUUCUGUAUGCUUAUAAACCCAACCAUAUGCAUAUAUUACCCUUAAACUUUAGCAUUUUGGUCGGUUGUACACUUGAAUAACCAUAAUUACUUAUAUAUUUGAAUUUAGUAUUUUCCUUA